CGCCUAGAAACCACCUGAGCUUUUAACUUCUGUUUAGUCUCUGACAUUUGGGUAGCAACCGUUGAGUUGAGUAUCGGUAUGCGAGCCAGUAAGUUGACAUAAUUGCGCGACAAUUAUUUUCUAUAUAACGAGAAGAAGAAUAUAUUUGUGGCGUUUGUAAGUCAGUAACGUUAAUGUUAGUUACCCUAAAGUCAUAACGUUGUAAUGGCUGGAAGUUGUAUACGAGUUGACCCACCAUUUGUCGAGUUUAACGAUGUGAAAGUCGGGGAGGUUUACAAGACUACAGUCACUGCGACGAAUGUUGGAAAAGCUUUGAAGAAAAUUUUGAUUGAAAAGCCCGCGCUAAAGUUGUUCAAGUUCACAGCAUCUAGCUCAGCCAUUGUGGUGGCUCCUGGUCUUUCUGUAAGUGGCUUGCUGGAGUUUACUCCAGAGGAAGAAGAGGAGGUCAGAGACUGCCUUCUGAUUCACAUAGAUGAUGUAGAGACCAUCAAAAUCCCACUGAGGGGGUUUCCCAGGGCUUGCGCCUUCAUAAUGGACUCAGUACUAGACUUUGGGUGUAUUGCUGCAACCAGUCAGGUGAUCAGCAAGCAUCAACCUAUAACUAAUCAGGGAUCAGCACCAGGUGUGUUCCAGGUGCAGUACAAUGGAGACCCCUCAGUCAGACUCUCACCCUGCAGUGGAGUCAUAGCAGCUGGCGCCACCCAGUGGUUGGAAGUGGAACUGUUUACAGACAGACCCAGACAGAUUGAUGAGAAGGCUCUGUUGAAACUUCAGAAUCACUCUGCUGUAGUUCUCAGUAUAAGGGCUGAGGUAGUGGCCCAGUGCCUUGAGGUUUUUGACCUGCAGGGGGCUCCACUGUCUUGUCUGUGGUUUGGACCUGUAUACUUAGGAACGUCCCGUGUGGAGAAUGUGGUUCUGAGGAACAAUGCGCCCCAGGCAUGUAACUGGGUCUGCCUGCUCCAGGAUACUGCUGCUGGGACUGAGGUGGGAACAGACCUCCAGAAAAGCACAGAUGGCGCCCUGUUGGAAAAAAUGGAGAGGUGCAGGCCAGCCACCCAAGACAUCUCUCGGGUAUUAGUGACUUUCCCCAAACAAGGUCGACUGGAACCAUAUGGCAAAACCACUGUGGCAGUGUGCUUUAGCCCCAUGUGCAAGAGUACAAGUGAAGAGAAGAAGAAGCACGAGUAUUCUGCAAGCCGGCAAGACUACUGUCUUUUCCUGCUGUUUGAGUCAUUGAGAAGCAGAUAUGGCUUCACUCACCAUAAUGGUAACAGCAGUGUGGAGCUAGCAGUGACAGGCUCUGGGCUGCCUGUGUCUCUGCUGCCUAGUCCCUCUCGAAGAUUUGAUUUCCUCACCUGUGUGACAGGCCAACGUGUGGACCUGCUGUGUGUGCUGCAGAACAUUUGCCCUCAACUUCCUGUCAACUUCCGCUUCCGGAAGUUGGCGCAUUUCACCACCAAGCCCUCCACUGGCACAAUUGCUCCUGGGCAAUGCCAGGAUAUAGUUUUGUCUUUUAAUGCACGGCAGCAAGGGAGCUUCCAGGUGUGUCAGAAGCUAGAUGUCUUAGGUCAUGCUGUGAGGGGUGGCAGCACAGCUGAAGAUGUUAGUGGACUUGAGCUUUCCAGCUUCCACACCAUCACUCUACACCUGUCUGCUGUCUGCUGCAGUGCGACCACACACCCCAUGCCUAAACUAAAUCCUGGCGUCACUCCCGCAGUGACCAAUCCAACUGGAUCACUGCCUCACGUUCGGUCCAGUGAACUGGCUCUCUGUAGUGGGAUGGUGCGUGCCGCUGUUCUCAGCGCCGAGAAAACGCAACUCCAAAAACAUCGUAGGAAGAAGAGUCAGAACACACAGGUGGAGGAGUUCCUGGCUUUUCCUAAUGACCGAGCCAAAUGCACCAGGCCUCCCUCUGCACAAAGACAGUACAGGACCAUAUUCACUGGUGUACAACGCUAUCGCUAUGUAGACACAAACUAUGCUUUCACUGAGGAAGAAGAGGAGCAGAGACAGUGUCAUCGACAGAUUUACACAGACUUCAUCAAACAGCUCAGACAAACACGCCUGCAGAAGAUCAAGGAGAGACAGAAGGAGAAAAUGGAAGACGAUGUGGGAAUUGGGAUUGUUCCGUCUCAAGGGCUUGUACCACCUAGACUCCGCAUCAGUGAUCUGGAGAGCAGUCAGAUCAUAGAGAUCAAGCCAAAAUACUGCCAUGCUUCAUCAGCAGCCACACGUAGCUGCCCCCAAGACAUGACAUCCAUCAAACAGCAGGUUAAUAGUCAGGUAAUGAGUGCAGUUCCAACUACCAGCCAGGAGGUGGCAGACUGCAACAAGACUCUGACAGCUCAUGAGCUCUACCAAGUUGUCAUAGGACCAUUGUCAGUGGACUUUGGCGAGGUGUGUGUGCAGUCAGUGUGUGUUCAGAAGCUGGAGCUGAUCAAUCACCUGUCAGUGUUCGUCUGGGUGCAGCUGGAGGUGGACUGCCCUGAGCUGCAGGGCUCCUCACCCCUCUCCCACGUCCUGCCCCCCAACUCCCUCAACACCCUAGCACUGACUUUCCAAAGGAACAAGCUGGGUCACUUUUAUAGACCUUUAUCCUACUCUGUAAACCAGCAACACCCUGGUCAGAUAUUGGUCCAGGCUCAGGUUGUCCCCUUGGCUCUGGAGCUGUCCACCACACUGCUAGUGCUUCGCCCCACCCACACUCUGCUUGCCCAAUCAGGAUAUAGGAGCUCAGUCACCCUUCUAAACCAGCGUAACCACGCUGCAGAAUUCACAUGGAGACCAGUCGUCACAGAAAGCGGCAUCCUGUUCUCCAUUCGACCAGCUACAGGUACUGUAGAGCCAUACAGGGAAUUGGACUGUGAGGUAGUGUGGCAUCCCUCCUUCUCAUCGCCUCCAAAAGGAGACUUUGACCUCUGUGUCCACGAGGGCAACACACAACGCCUGCACUGUGUUGCUAAGUUUGGGUCCACCAGUAUCCUGCUGGCAGACAACCAGGUCAUUUUUGGAUCAGUGCCCCUCAAGAUGCCUUCUAUGAGAACUGCAGUCUUACACAACAUUGGGAAGAACCAUGCCUACUACCAGGUGCUAGAUGUGUGCCCUCUACCAGGCUUGGUGGUGAGUCCAUCUGAGGGCAUGUUGCCAAGUGGGGGACAGGUGGCGCUCAAAAUCGACUUUAACCCUGACUCUGUCUUUAAGUUUUACACCAGAGUGGAGAUAGCUCUGAGGAACAUGAAGUCCAUUGAGCUCAGAGUGUCUGGAUCAGUGGAGCCUCCAAGUGUAGACAUCAGUGUGUCCCAUUUCCAGUUUUACGGGGUCCAUGCUGGUUCUCAGCGAGCAAUUCCAUUCACUCUGGCAAACCACUCGUCAGCCGCAGCCAGGGUUACCUUUGACCUGUCAGAAUACUCAGACUUCUCUGUAAACCUCCCUCAGCCCUCAGCAAGAGCAGAGAAAGAGCCAGGAUUAAGUGUUGUGGAGAUCCAGGGUAACCAGACAGUGGACUGUUCGCUUGUCUUCUCCCCCACCCAGGCAGCCAGUUAUGACUUUGACCUGCCAAUGAUGGUCAAUGGAGUGCGAUGGCCCACUGCUUCUCUGUCUCCUUUUCUCACUUCGCCCUCCUCCUCCAUCUCCUCCGCAUUAUCAGCUGGCAGCAGGAUGCAUGUCGUCAAGCUUCUUCCCCAGUCUGUCACCAUGGUGACACAACGGUCACUGCGCAUACGGGCCGCAGUGCUGUGCGCCCCACUGGAAAUGUCCCCCACUAGCCUAGAGUUCCACAUGGAGCCCCUGGCACCACAUUCUGAUGCUUACACUAAGACAGUGGAGCUGAAGACAGUGUGUGAAAAGAGCGUGUUUUGGCUUAAGAGUGUCAAGAAACAUGUAAACUGGUGGUUUGACUGCAGAGCAACAGCGGUACCAACAGAGCACAGAAAAGAGAGGGAGCUAUGUAUGGUGUCUCCAUCAUCAGGCAGUCUGGGGCCUGGGCAGUCCAUCUGCUUGAGGGUCAGCUUCAGCCCUGAGGAUAUCACAACUGGCUCUGGCAAAGUGACCAAACUCUCCCUACCUCUUUACCUUGGAGAUGAGGGAGGGGAGGGGUUGGGAGGAGAGGCGGUACAUCAGCCUUACAGAGACCUGUCCGUCACUAUUACUCUACAGCUUCCCUGCAUCACCAUCCACCCCCCUCAAAUCCUCCUUACACCAGUGCCCCUGGAAAGCAAUGCAUCUGCCACAUUCACCCUGCUGGCUUUAGGGUAUCCUAGUGGAACUAUGGUAUCAGCUGAAGUGGAUGAGGUGGAACUGGAGGAUGGGACCCAGCCUGUUUCCAUCAUCUUUCCAGAGGGUAACAACAUCCCUGCCCAAAACCAGGGUCAGAGACUUCCGGUAGGCAUCCAGAACCAGGAGGCCAAGGUGACCUCUCUAAUCUGCAGUGUUUCCUUCUGUUCCGCCAUCCCUCUGUCCCUCUGCACAACCAUAACCUUCACCGACCACCUCCACAACAGGUUUAAGGUUAAUUUGUGUGCUAUUGCUGACAACUGUCUGUUGACAGUCUGGCCCUACAUGGCCCUGCACCGCUCCAGGCAACAGAUAGUUCUCAAGACUGGGGCCACAGCUGUUGAGGCUAUACUUCAGAGCUAUCACACACCAAGUCCUGCCUCUGGUCCGACUUCAUCAUCCUCAUCAUCAUUUGAUCACAACAGCUCAACAAACAAGAACUCAACCUUAGACAGUGUGAGCCGUCAGGCCAGCAGGAAUACAGACGCCUCUCCUAACAGAGACAGCCCAACCAAUCUUGGCGCCCCAGAAUUCCCUUCUCCCCACUCAGAGGAAGGACUUUAUUACCAGAAUGUUUUAUCGGCUGUUGAGAGAUGGUUUAGUCUUUUCGGGUGGCCAGGUGGACCACACGCUAUCUCUGUGCCACACACGCUCAGAAGAGUUGUGUCCAAAAAUCUAAUGACUCAUUCCAGUGGACGGACUUUUCGAGUUAGUCAAAAUAAAGACUCCAGGUCUGUGGUGGACAUGCUUCAUCAUCUAACUGGCAAGCACAUUCCCGGUAUUUCUUGGUGUCAGACGUUUUCCAUUGAAAUAGACCAGCGCACCAAUCAGCUGCUACAACAGCAUGAAGCUAUGUUGACUUUUCUCAGGGUACAAGGAGCCUGCCUUUGUCAUAUCCGACCAGAGUACUUGCUAGACAUGCAGGAGUUCAAACACUGGUGCUCCCUGCAGUCAAAUGAGGAAGAAUGUGGUCUGGACUACAGCAGUGUGGACUAUGAGUCUCUGAGCAAACGAUCCUGGACUGACGUGCUGCUGCAAAUAUACAAGGUGCUGGUGUUGUGUCGUGUGUCAGAGAGCGGUUUGAAGCCAACUCUGAACCAUGACAAUGUAGAUGGAAACCUCCCUGUCAGCUCACAGCCACUGGCCAGUAACAUCUAUUCAUCCUGUGAGCUCCAGUUGCUCUCAUGGCUCAACAUGCAUUACCAGGACAUGAGGAAGACUGUGUGGGGAACAGGUGGUGUCCCAACACGCUGGAUAGUGAAUUUUGACCUGGACUUGACAGAUGGACUAGUACUAGCUGCUCUGCUUGCUGCCUACUGCCCUUACCUGAUCUACAGCCACUUCCGGAGGAUGUACACCACAACUAACAGCCUGGAACAGAUCCUUCACAACAACAUCAUAGUGGUCCAGGCCUUAACUGCCCUUUUUCUCAACCUAGAUGUACAGCCCACAGACCUGUCAGACCCAAAUCCAGUGCAGAUGUUAAUGCUGUGUGUUCACCUGUAUGAGAGGUUGCCUCUGUACCUGCCACUGCACACCAUCACUCUAUCAGGAGGCCUGCACUGCAUUUUCAGAAAACAGGUGCAUCUGAAAAGUCCAUCCUCAAAGCCAAUCAAAUACCAGGUCUUACUUUUAGGGGAGGAUGCCCAUCUCUUCUCCCUUCCUGAUGGAUCCACUGUCACCAUUCCCCCAAAGGCGAGCACUGAAUUGACCAUCCAGUUCAGCUGCUCCACCAUGCUGCCCACAGAGGCAGUCCUUCUGCUCAUCUCCAGCUCUCCUUUUGGCCUGUGCGGCACCACUCUCGCCUUCAAUCUGAAGACCCACAUCACUCACAUCACACCAAUGAACACUGUCAAGUGCAAGUCUCCAUGCUACCAGCUGAAAGUGAUCCAAGUGCCCAUAAGUAACCCUUUCAACAAAGAAGCUAAAUUUAGGGUGGUGCUGGUGGAGUCUCCGUUCAACCCACUGGAGCCUGAAAAGAAAAAAGACAGCCUCGUUCAACAGGCCUCCUCAAAAGCCAAUAUAAAGAAAAUUACUUCAGACAAAAGCUGUGGGGAGGAGAUGGAAGGGAAGCGCUCAGAUGUCAAUGGUGAAGGUAGUGAGUUCCUGAGUCCUGUGAGGAGUGUUUGUCUGAAGUCAGGCCAAGCAGACAUUCUGAACAUCCACUACUUGCCCUUCUGCCCAGGCACCAAGUACUGCUCUGUGCUGCUAGUUUGUCCGAAGGUGGGAGAUAUGUUGUACAUGGUAAAAGCCACAGCAGAGUUGCCUCUUCCUUCCCCACUCACUGCAAGGCCCAGUUCCACCAUCUCCAUGCGCAUCAACUCUGACCCAGGUGCGUGUGUAUCAGUACCAAGCCUACACUGCAAGGUGGGGCAGGUGUGUGAUGAGUUGGUGCGUGUUCCGCUGAUCAAUAUGGCCUGGGAGCAAGCUCUGGCCUCCUGGGGUCAGCACACCAUGAGUGCUGAUGAACACAAGAGGCGUAUGCUGACACACACUUUGCACAGUAGUACUGUGAGGGCAACCACAGCUACAUGCAAGCUCUCCAAACAACAGGCCCAACUGUUGAGAGGUCUUCACAGUAAAGGGGUAGAAUACAGUGUGGAGGUUUCUUUGCCACAAUACUUUGCUUUACCUAGUAUUGUCACAAUACCUAUAAUGGAAGACACCAAAAUACCAUGGGACAAUCCUGCAGAUUGUGGCUGUGUGGACAUCCCAUUGCAGUUUCAGGCAAACUCCGUGGGGCAAUUUACAUGUCAGGUGGUCCUGAGAUCCUGGUGUGAUACCAGGGUCUAUUUACUAGAGGCACUGGUUACUUCACAGGGAGGAUCCGUACAUUUGGACUUCAGUUCGCCUGCUCACCGUUCUGUCACGCAAGAUAUACCACUGCACAAUGAAACUCACCAAGACUGGAAAAUGCAAGCUGAGGUGUAUGGUGAAGGAUUCUCCGGCCCAAAUGUUUUGAAUGUGGCAGCAGGGACAAAAGCCUGCUACCCCCUCACCUUUCACCCUACUGCACAAUGCAUAGUCACGGGCAAGCUGUCCUUACACAAUGACUGUGACGGUAUCGAGCACGUGUUUACCCUCAGAGGAGUGGGAGAGCACCCCCUGCCUGUGGAUCACUUGGUAUUACAGUGCUCUGUGGGUCAAACCACACACGCACAGAUUGAUGUCCCAAACUACAGCCAGAACAAACUUACUCUCAAGGUGGUGACAGAUCUAUCCGUUGUAAGUGGGCCUCCCUCCCUGAAGAUUGAACCUGGUAACAACGCUUCAUACACCCUGGCUGUGUCAUCAUGGAAACGAGGAAAACAGACAGGCUGUGUGUCAUUUCUAGAAAUUGAAGACAUGCAGAAGGCAGACAAGCAGAACGGAAAUGUACUUGGAUGCUACGAGGUGCAUUUCACUCUAGAGAUAAUUUGUGAGCCAGCAGCACCCAUCAAGAUCAUAGAUGUACAGUGUUCUGCUCAGAGCUCAGUUGCCAUAGAGAUCCCUGUCAAAAACCCACGAGGAGAGCUGCUAAUGCUGAAUGUGCACCUCGAAGGAGACGACCUAAGUGGGGCCGACUGGGUUUCAAUUCCCCCACAGGAGACUCUCACCUACAAAGCAACAUUCUCUCCUGGCAGAGUAGGAAAGAGCACAGGCAGUGUGGUGUUCCAGUCAGAGUUAGUGGGGGAGUUUUGGUAUCAGCUGGAGCUUUAUGCUCUUCCUCCUCCAGUCAGCAUGCUACCACAGGCCUGCUGUCAGCUGGGCAAAUGGACCAGGCAGACCAUUCCCCUGGUUAACCCAACAGCCAAAACUCUGGAGCUGAUUGCAACCAACAGUAACCUCAGAAACUACACACUUGAAAUAGAGCCAGGAAGUACUCUUAUUGUGGAGCCCCACUCCUCCACCCAGCUUGGUGUCCGUUUUAUGCCUUCAUCCAUCGGAGAGGGGAACCACACGGCAAAGAUCACUUUCACAUGCCCUCAGUUCCGGGAAUGGUGUGUUUUGAUGAGUGGGCGUGGCCUUAUUCCAGAGAGAGAGGAACCUCUGAGCAUCUCAUCCUUGAUUGGCUCCAACGCCUCCAUCACCAUUCCCUUCACAAACCCAACUGAGCUCCUAGGCAUGCUCAAUAUCACACUCACAGAUGAGGACCCAAGUGGGGCUCCCAACUGCCAUCAUGUCACUAAAGACAAGGAGGUCUUCUCUAUCCCUCUGAGCCACACUAAAGGUAUACAGCUCUGUGAAGGGGACCGCUUUGAUGUGCCUGUAGUGUUUGCACCAAACUCUAUGGAGCUGAAACAGGUCUGGCUCUGCAUCACUAUGAAGCCCUGCAGCCGCUCGAGCAACAACAGUACCUUCAAUACAGACAACAUGAGGUCAGAGCAGGAAUUGUCAACCAUCUGUUGGAUUUACCCCAUCCGUGGAAUUCCCAUGGAGGUUCCUGUUGAGAACUCUCCACUUGGGGUGAUCCAUUGUGAAGCGGGCUGCCAGCUGGAAAGGAAGAUGGAUGUACUGCUCACUGGAUGUGUGCCGGGGAAUCAAGACCGGAAAGGACAGGGAGUUUCCUGGGUGAUGGAAGACUUCCUGUGUGUGGUUCGUUCAGCCAGAGAAACAGAGCACUCAGAGGUGGAGGACUGCCUUUCUGCCUCCGUUGAUGCAGUGAGAAGCGAUCCCGAGACUGGCAUCGUAUCACUCACCCUUAAUCUAGUCUACACUCCUCUCAGGCCAUGCAGGUACUCAGCGGUACUAGCUGUGCAGUGUGUGUCCGGCAGGAUCUGGGAGUUUCCUAUUACUCUCAUUACCACAGAGCCUCAAGUGGAUGAUGUCAUCCUCACUGAAGCCACUGAGUUGGGCAAGACUUCAAAUGUUGGUUUUUGUCUAACCAGCACAACCAGGAGGCCGGAGCCUUUCAAAGCAGUGUUCCUGCCAGGCAGCAGCAAUGAGUUCAGAGUGACUCCAGCCUCAGGGAUGUUACCUCCUGUGGGUUCUACUGGAGCCCUCAUCACUGUGUCUUUCACACCUACCAUGUACAGCAAGCACAGAGCAAGACUAACCAUCCAGGCAGCAGACAUGCAGUGGACCUAUGAGGUAAGAGGGAAAACCCCUCAUGACUCCCCACCCAUCUGUACUACCUCCCCCAAUACCAGCUCUUCUGUUCUCCGUCCAGCCAAUGAACAGCUGCAGAACUUUGUGGUUCGAAACCUUCGGCUUCCCGCCCUGGCUAACUCGUCCCCUCUCAAAGUCCGCAGAUAAAGGACAUUCUCACUCUCUCCUACAGCUAAGGGUUGUUAUCUGUUAUUUCUACCUUCAUUUUUGACUUUUUAUCCUUAAAUUUUAACCAAGGUUGCUAUAUUUAUCCAGCAACAUCUGUCAUCUUCAAAGAGAUACCUUUAUAAUUAAAAAAUCAACUUUGUGGACAAGCAGAUGGAUUUCAUAAUUUGUUAUUUUUCUCUUAAAAUAGCUUAUUAGUCAUGUGAGUGUUUCUUAUCAGCAGUUCUAAUGAGUUAUUUUUCCGCCAAAACAAAUAUGUUUUUGUCUACCUUGUGGCAAGUGAAGGACAUUGUUGUCAAAUUGAAAUGAAGAUCAUUUUUGAGAACUCUUAAACUUGGAAAAAUACAGUACAUUGCCCAGUUCUUGGAUUUGAUGUCAGUGUCCAUCACUGUUAAUGUAUCUUUAAUUGUAAUUAACCUUGAAGAAAUGCCUUCAUUUAAACAAUCUUCUACAAAGUCAUCAUCAUACAUGUUGUAACACAGUUGGCAAAAAAACUCAACAUGCAAAAUUCCUUCUGUUCCUGCUGACUUCAUCCCCCUGUCUUUCUUUGUGAUUGGUAUGAAUUGAAAGCGUCAUUGUCCCUGACGUUACACAUUCAGCAGUUAUCAGAUGUAUCAUAAGCAAUAAAUGCUUGUUAAUGGUUAUGGUGUCCCUAGAAUGUCUCAGAGUCCAUUUCAAGUAAAAUGUUACCAACUUUAUUUUUAUUCAUCCCUUCUCUUAUGAUCCUGUGUUAGACAGAUAUUGUCAACUAACAUUAUAUUACACCAACAGGACAACCUUGAAGUAAAGUGCAACCUUUCUGAAAAUCUCAGUAUGUUCCAUUUAAUAAAUCAAACCACAUGAGCC